AUGUGUGAGAGUGAAAGGAAGCCCAAGCACAGAAAGGAGCCUGAGACUGCUCAGCAAUGUCCCGGUACAACAGGAGCAACACAACAUGUUGGGAAGGUGAUGCAACUCAGAGUCCUGCUCUUGGAUGACACGUAUGAAGUGUUUGAAGUGGAGCAAAAAGCGACUGGGAAGGUCCUCUUUAGUUGCAUCUGCCAACACCUGAGGCUGGUUGAGGAGGAUUACUUUGGUGUGGAGUUUAGCAAUCGCCACGGGAACAUGGUUUGGUUGGAUCCUCUAAAACCUAUUUGCAAACAAAUCAGAGGUGAGAAGAAUGUUCUGUUCCAGUUUGUAGUGAAGUUCUUCCCACCAGAUCCUGGCCAGCUGAAGGAGGAACUGACAAGGUAUCUGUUUGCUCAGCAAAUCAAGAGGGACCUGGUUGCCAGGAGACUUCACUGCAAUGACAACAGUACUGCUCUGUUACUAUCCCAUAUCAUCCAGGCUGAGGUUGGUAACUUUGAUGAAGAAUUGGACCAAGCACAUUUGCGAUCCAAGCUAUACCUGCCAACUCAGGAACUCCUGAUUCAUAAAAUCAUGAAGUUUCACCGGAAGCUUGUUGGACUGACUUCAGCUGAAUGUGAUACUCGUCUGCUGGACACGGCGCGGAAGCUGGAGAUGUACGGCAUCAGACUGCAUCCGGCCAAUGAUGGGGAAGGAACACAAAUCAACUUGGCCGUCUCUCAUAUGGGCAUCUUGGUCUUCCAGGGUAAAAUUAAGAUUAAUACGUUCAACUGGGCCAAGAUACGCAAGCUGAGCUUUAAGAAGAAGUAUUUCCUUAUCAAGCUCCAUUCCAACAUUUUUGUAAGUUGUAAGGACUCCUUGGAAUUCCUGAUGGAAAGCCGUGAUACAUGCAAACACUUCUGGAAGACAUGUGUUGAAUAUCAUGCAUUCUUCAGACUCCCCGAGGAACCCAGAUCGAAGACCAGGCCCUUACUUUACAGCAAAGGUUCCUGCUUUCGGUACAGUGGAAGGACUCAGAAGCAACUUGUGGAAUACAUGAGAAAAGGAGAUUUCAAGAAGGCAGCCUUCGAAAGGAGGUCGUGCAACAUACAAUCUGAGGAAGGUUCAGUUCCAGCACAGCAGAGACAGCUCAAGGAACAGACGCAUAACCUUGGUGAGACCAGCCAGUUAGAAGACCCAAAGGUUAGAGGACAGCAGAAGGCAGUGAGAAGGGAGAGGAAGGAGCCAGCAGUGGAGAUAGUGUUCACCACCGAGCUUGAGAGGUCUAAACCUGAGGCCGACCCCUCAUCAGAUGCUCUCUCUGGCGCAGAUGCCUCCACUAUCUACAUUGGUGCCAGUGACACAGAGGUCAAGGAGGAUCCAGUCCUAUUGCAAAGGCACCCACAACCUUUCCAGACUGACAGGAUCCAGAGGGAUACUGACACAGGAGAUCCGACUCAUGGGAAUUUCUCCGGGCUUGCGAUAACUGGCCAGCGCCUCAGCGAUAAUUUCCUGAAUUCGCCCACUUGUUUGCCCAGGUCUCUCAGGGCACUGAAACAUCCUUCAUUGAUGGAGAGAAUAGUUCGGCCUUCCAGUGUGGCUCGCCCGGUUAGCCUGCCUGCAUGCAGCUGCUUAGCCAAUCAUGAGCUUUACCAACAGUCCAUGAUGAGGAGUAGCUAUGGCAAUAGCCUCAACGUAGUGAAGGAGGAGGAAAGCCACUUGGAUGACAGCCUGCGGCCUCCCAGACGAUCACACAGCCAAUCGGACAUGAAGGCUCUUGGCCUAGAUUGUGCACCAGAGUUACGGCCAUUGGCUCAUUAUCUACCAUUGAGCUGGAGACAGAAUCCGAAUAAACUGAGGCCUGCACAUCCUGCUCAUGUUGCCCUGCAGCGGAGGGAGGCCAUCAGGACAACAGAGAGGUACAUCAGCAGCGGCACAGAGUCCAGUGACUCGGACUCGGAGAUCAUUAGUCCCUACUUCCACCCCUGUCUCUUUGGCAAAGCUCUCCGGUCUUCAGUGCUGAGGGGAGGUUGCUUUCCCUCAGUCAACCUCCAGCCAAGGGAAAAUGCCUCAUUUGAUCUGAGCUGCAGUGAGGGUACGAGACACUUGACCAUCUACACCGAAUUCAUUUAG